UCGAUCACAAUUGCACCCCCUACCCAUCUCUCUCUCUGUCUGUUCGAACUGAUCAUCUCAAAUGGAUGUACGAAACAUUCUUGAGAAUGUGGAGGUUGAAUUGGGAAGGAAGAAAGCAGAGAAUAGACGCAUGGCGAGGUGGCUAAGGGCAAAGAAUCUAUCAGUUAAACGAAAGAAAAAAGCACUGCGGAGGAUUAAGAGAGUGAACCACCUACUCAUUGCAGAGAAUAGACGCAUGAAAGAAUUGGUCGACGUUUUUCUGCUUACAGCUGAAGCAGAUAACAAUCAUGUUCGCGAGAUGAAUGCAGCUAUCCAGGGAAUGAAUGAUCUCAACCUCGAUGGAAACUAUAAUAUUACUACUGUGAACCAAGUUCAACCUUGCUCUAGCAGUGGCAGCGCCGCUGAUGGCGACAACAAUGGUUAUAACCGUGGUGAUGGAGACGGAAACAACGGUGGUGGACACCAUGAGUAGAGUGACGUUGGAGCUCGUUGGCCGUUAGUCAAGAAGUAACUGUGACUGCCUCUCUAAUGGCAGCAAAUAAUGGGUGCAGGUCUUAAGGUUGGACUUUCAGUAAUUUGCUGUGUUUGAGUGAAAGGGUAGCUACUGGUUAGUGUUACUGUUUCUUUUGGUGAAUUUGGCUGUUUGA